AUGUAUCACGGUCGUCGCCAUAUUGGAACUACUUUCAAGUUACCGGAUACGGGGGGGUUAAACAUGGCUGCGUCCAUGGAUACAACACCCGUGAAAAUUGUUUUGCCCAAUACAACGUGUAUGCUUUGCCUACAAGAAAACCGAAGGGCUCACUGUUUGGUAAAGGCCAAGGCUACAAAAGAAAACUAUCUCCAUGUACGUAUUACAAACAUUUACUGGAGUUACCAUAGAGAAGGACUUAUUAUGGAAGUGUUAUGUCUGUACUUCAUGCCUAAGUAAGUGUCAAAGUGCUCUGACCUUAAAAGAGACGUGUUAAAAAUGUAGGCAAGUUCUUAGACGAAAACGAGCGAAAAAAACGAAUGAGCAAAACACCACCAUCGGCAAUUCGUUCAUCGAUAGCUGAAACACUUUUGUCGUCUGUAGAAAAAUUGAAAAUAUCUACAUCUACCAGUUCCGUAAAAAAAAAUCUCGCCAGCGUCUGUUUGAAGAUGGUCGACCGUCAUUGCCCCACGGAUUUCAAGCGUUAUCUGAACACGCGUACAGUAGUAAAGCGUUUCAAUCAGAUACAACUAGUGCGGAUCCCAAAUUGAACAGACCUACAGAUGAAGAAUUCAUCACUGAGAGACUGCAGUGUGAUAUUUUGCCUGCUAUAGAUGAAUCACUGAAAGAUGUUGCACGGCUUGGGCGAAGUGUUUUAUUCAUCAAAGAUUGUAAGGACCUAUGUGAGAAGGACUGGUUCAGAGAUAUUGCUGCAGAGGUGCACGAUAAAUGCCCAGAACUUUUCCAAGUUUUAUUCACUGCUCUUGGUGUGGUUGUUAAAAAAGCGGUUUUGCGUGAUAGACAGUUUCAAAUGAUAUUACAGAAUAAUUGCUACUUGCAUGUCUAAAUAAAGUACAUGUCACUUUGUCUAAUGAAACCAAGAGGAACCUAAUCGGAGACUUUGGCAGCUAUACAACAGAGAAAAUUGUUUCAAGGAUAUCAGAUGGUGAAAACGGAAAACUAAAUGGGGACAAUCUGGACUUGUAUGUUACGACAAACGAUAUCCGAAUGGAUAACAAGAAUAAAGACUACCACUUCUUUGCCACUGAUUUCAUAUUGGACAGGGUAAGUGUGAGCAGUCUGGAUGACUCCAAACCAAUCGGAAAUAUAAACACUACAACAUACAGACAGUUUGUUCCAUCAGCAUGUGAAUCUCAAAAGUACAAGGAAUCACUGAAAAUCAUCAUUGGAAGGCUGCUGUCCGAGUAUGUUGAUGGUUUCAAGUGGAUGGAAAAUGUUCUUCUAAAACAUAUUCCACACAACUUUGAGGAAUCAAUGUCAAAGAAGUCAGAGGUUUUUGUUUUACCUGUCCUACUGAAGAAUGAGACAUCUUACUCAGAUUGCAUUCACAUUUUGAAGUCCUAUGAAAAGGAUUUGACUUCCUGGUACAUUAAGGCAGGCAGAGCUGCAGAGCUAGAUAGACUGAAGGUGCCCAUUGGAGGAGAUCAACUCACUAGAGUGCGGUUACAGGGAGCCAAAGGACUACAGGAUGGGUCUUUGACAGCAACAGACAGACUAGAGCAUUUAGAUCCUAUGAUUGUGGAAUUGUUUCAUACAGUGAUGGAUUUUUUGGAGAAACUGUACAAAAGAUUUUUCAACAAGUCCAGUGGAAGAGAGAAAGGCACUCUUUACAACCUGAAGAUACUUAUUCAGCGAUCAAAUGUAAACGGGAAUGUGAAGUCACGUUUUGAAGCCCAUGAAGACUUCAUCAUGACCGUUGGCUGUGGUUACUUCUUAUCGUACAUAUUACAUUUCUUCCAAAUGGAAAAUUUAUCAGAUGAACCUAAGCAUCCAUUGCUGUCAAAAAACAUGAAAAUGAGGCAUAAGGCUGACAAAGAAAAAGUCCUUUCUGAAAUCCUUGAAGAGGUAGUCAAUGGAUUAUUGAUAUUGUUUCCAGAAAAGGAGCCUGAUGUUUUGCUAACAGUGGAUGUUCUUGGAAUCAAGCAUACAGUUAACAGUUCCAUAGAUGGCAGGAUGCUGAAAUUUCAUUUAAACAUCAAUAACAGUACGUUCCUGUUUAAUGUUACGCCUGCGCAGGUUGAGAAUGGAGUGACUAUAGAUGUUCCACUAACAACAGUGAACCUUCCUGUGAUAAUUUCCCGUUCUACAGUUGCAGCUUCUGAUGAAUUGAAUGAUUACAUAACUCAACUUUUGCAGUGGUAUUUUGUCCUCUUAACUUUUAAGGAUUCCAUUAAGGAGGGCGAUACUUUUCGUACGAACAUCACUCUUAAGUUUUGUAUCCCUAUUUUCUUCAGUCACUCAGUUUUGUCAAAAUAUUUAGAAGAAUGUAUAGAUUACAUUCUCAAGACUGAAGUAAUGCUGACAGAGAAAAUGGCUGUGAAAGUCCGGUGUGGAUCAUUUGUUAAUCCUACUGGACACAAAGGAGACAACAAAGCAGCAGAUCUUCAGAAAGAAAAUGAAGUAAAAGUAUUAAAGGAAUUAAUUAGAGGGUUAGGUUCAAACAAAACGGAGAAUUCUAUUGUGGCGAUAACUAAAGCAGCCCCAGUUAUUGACGAUAUUGUUGGUAAUUUCCAGGAAAUGUUGAACAUUCCGGUUAAGAAAACCCAUCACAGAAAGCGAUCUUUUAAUGAUGAUCUGAAAUGUGUUCUGAACACACUGAUCCCUUUAAAGGUUUGGACUCCACAGAAUGGAAGAAAACUUGAAAACUUCAGAAAUAUUAAUAAGUCACCGUUUGAUAUUGACCGAGGUCAUUUUGUGGAAAUUGUUGAAAAGAAAGUUGAAAGACUGAGAAAAGGAAUUUCUGUUCCUGCUGAUGACAACUCUGACAAUGAAGUUUGAUACAUCUGUAUGUGAAGAGAAUGUUUAGGGGUUUCUUUAGUCAGUUUUUGAAUAGAAGGUGUGAGUUCAAGGGAAGACUGUGACUUAUGAGUAAAUUAAGGUAGGUGUAGGUGGGUCUACCCGCCACCCUUACAACCAUAUUGCUUACUCACUAUAACCGCAUAUCUUCCAAUAUACAUCAUGAUCAGUGUAACAGUACUAGUGCAACUAUUGUUUCAUUUAUUACUUACCUUCACAACAAUUUUGAGAUGUCUACAUGAUUGUUACCAAGUGUAUUACAGUCAAACUUCGAUGUUUCGAAGUUCAAGGGACUAACAGUAAAACUUCGAUACAGCGGGACUUCGAAUUAUUCAUGGUUGACAAUAGAUCGAUGUUU